AUGUGUCCAGAUUUAUCAUCCCUUCCCGCAGAUGAACUGCAGCAAGCUCCCAAGAGAGGAGGCCCAGACUUCACAGCCUCGCAUUACACAGUGAAGGAGAACUGUUCAGGGGAAUCUGCAGCAUUGCCCCUGGCUUUCAUCAACCUGGUAGCCCCAGCCCUGGUCAGAGGCGUGCAGGACUCCUGGCCAGCGGCCCAGCCUCUCCCCUGGAAGCGUGCUCCGGCCGCAGAGAGUGCUGAGGACCCUGGAGAAGGCACCUCCUCUGGCACCUCAUCCAUGGCAGGUUGGCAAGGACCCUCCACAGCAUCCUCCAGCACCGCUCACCCAAGGGUGCCCUCUCUGGCAAGCAGAAGAGGGAAACGGCAAGCCCCCACGUCUCACGCAGCUCCCCAAGAACUGCAUUCUUCCUUUCACUCCACGGCCACCCACGCCAGCACCACUGCUGAAGAGGAUGGUGGCCAGGAGGUGGGAGAGCCCACUGGCGUGGCCUUCCCGCAGGGCCCUCCCGCCAUCCAGAGAGGCUCGCUGGUCUGGAUGAAGUUCCAGCACCACCCGUACUGGCCCGCAGUGGUGAAGAGCACGUGCAAAACUGAGAAAACGGCAAGGGUGCUUUUGAUCGAGGCAUACAUGCCCACGGAAAGGAGGGGCAUUCAAGUUCCUCUGCGCAGACUGAAGCAUCUGGAUUGCAGAGAGAAAGAGACCCUAGUGAAGAGGGCCAGCAAGCACUACCAGCACGCGGUGAAUUGGUGCUUGGCGCUGGUGGCCCAGUAUGCCGAGGCGCGUGCCCGCAGGUCUUUCCGUGGCUCUUUCUUGGCCUUCUAUUCCACCGACGCCAGCUCUUCCUCCAGGAAAGCCAUCAAAGACUGUGAGGUCCCAAUCAGCUUCCCAGAGGUGAAUUAUGCCGACCUGGAGGACUGGGAGGAGGAAGACGGAUGGCCAGGUGGGAUGCCCCGGUGUAAGAAAAUUCUCCCUGACCGCAUGAAGGCUGCGUGGAACCGAGAAAACCAGAAGCUAGUGGAUUUCAUCGUCAAGAGGAAGGGGGCCGACCCGCACCUCCUGGACAUUGUCCACGGCAGGAAGUACUCCCAGUGGCUGGCGUCCUUUCUCAAGUCAGCCAGGUAUGUGAUCUGCGUUGAAACGUACCUGGAGGACGAGGACCAGCUGGAUGCCGUGGUGAAACAUCUACAGACGGUCUACAGGGACAUGGGCCGGAGGAUGAAGAGGGUGGUCAGAAAUGACCCAGUGAGCUUUGUUCUGGAGGUGCUCCUCCCAGAAGCUAUAAUCUGUGCCAUCUCUGCCCUGUACGGCUUGAAGUACGACGACGCGGAAACCAAGUACCUGGAGGGGCCACCCUGCACACACGGGAAAAGGAACUGUUUGACAGGAAAAUCCUAA